CUAUAUAAAUGAGAAUAACGCGCUGACUUGAAAGAUUUAUAAUUUUAUGUAAUCCGGAAAAACGUUGUUGAACCGCAGCUUGAAUCCUUUUCGCAAAAGAAUUUGACAAUGGUUUUGAAAAUGCUUUUUUUUCUGUGGUUGAGUUGCUUAUUUUCUCUGCUACACAUCGCGCACGGAGAAAGGAGUUAUUCCUUUCCGGAGGAGAUGAAACGCGGAUCAAUUAUUGGAAAUAUCGCCAAAGAUCUUGGAAUGCAUACAGGUAUGCUGUCCAUCAGAAGAGCUCGCAUUGAAACGGAAGGGAGUGAUCAACAUUACUGUGACAUAAACGUGAGGAACGGGGAGCUGAUUGUGGCCGAGAGGAUUGAUCGUGAGGGCCUUUGUGGAAAAAAGCCUUCAUGUAUACUAAGGCAAGAGCUCGUUUUGGAAGAUCCAUUGGAGCUGCAUCGGAUCAGCAUUCACAUUCAAGAUAUCAAUGAUAAUUCGCCAGAGUUUAAGGGAGCUAAAAUUGAUUUAGAAAUUCAAGAGUCGACAUACAAGGGAGCUCGCUUUGUGAUUGAGGAGGCACGCGAUGCUGAUGUAGGACAAAAUUCAGUUCAGCAGUACAGCCUUGAAAAG